AUGGACAUUACCAAGUCUGAAUUCAAGGCAUCAAACGAUGUUUUCAAAGCGAUGGUUGUGGAACUGCAGAAGUCAGGAAAAGUGUGUAAUGGUUUUGCUGGCCAUACUUAUAAACCUUGCAGGAGGAUAUGCAAAGGGGAAGAAUCGAGAAGAAAAUGCAAAAGUAUUUGUGCACUUCAACAGGGGUACACAUGUGGUGGUGGCUGUUGGAAAAGGUGCCUAGACGAUGCCGGUGUGCCUCCAAAAUUCGCGCUAGAACCUUGCAUGAAAAAAUGCACACGAUUGGCAGGUACUACAUCUCCUACAGAAAAAUGUAUUCCAAUAGACAUAGCCGUGAUAGGUGGUGGAAUAGGUGGCGCAUAUGCAGCCUGGAAGCUAAAGGAAAGCAAACAGUCAAUUCACUUAUUUGAAUAUUCCAACCGAAUAGGGGGGCGUGUAUACAGCCGAAAACUACCUGGUAUUAACCACAAACUGGCUGAGAUGGGAGCGAUGAGGUAUAUUCCAGCAGUUGAAACUAAGGAGGGACUGCAGGGUCACGUCUAUGUCACAAAAGCCAUAGAAUCUCUUGAACUGGAAACCAUGGACUUUCAGGAUUACAGUGGCGAUUUUAGGUCAAAGAUCUGGAACAACACUUUUCACCUCAGAGGAACACAUAUGAAGUAUAGUGAUCUGGGGAGUUCUAAAGUACCCUACAACUUAUUUCACGAUGAAAUGGGGAAAUCUCCAAACCAACUGCGCAGGAAAAUCUACGAAGCUAGCGUACUGAAUCCCGAUUUUGGUGAUGACAAACAAGAUCAAGAUGGCAUUGAUUUAUCCAAACAAAGAUACGACAGAAUCUGGCGCAAAUAUGGUGGCUCAAUCGAAGCGAUGGAAUAUGUCUCAGACGCUUUGGGCUUUGAUCUCUCUGAAGAAAAUGCAGCGUCAAAUGUACCAGUACCUGCUGAAGGAUCCUACGAUGAGAUGCGGUUUAAAUCGUUAAGAAGUGGUAUGAGCGCUCUCCCUAUGACAAUGAUAAAACAGUUUGCAGAAAACAAGCCAGAGAGACAUAAAGUGCACAAGAACCAUAAGUUGAUACGCAUAGAAAAUCAAGGGCAGAAUAAACUGUUAACAUUCCAGAAAACAUCAACCGACAACUAUAUCACAUCAGAUACUCAGGAACAUGUUACCGUUUGCGCUAAACGUGUGAUCCUAGCUUUGCAUAGAGAUGCUCUCAUGGAAAUCGACUGGCAACCUCUCAAAAAUCAGAAAUUUAUUGACUCUCGACUUAAUGCUGUCUAUGGACAAGAUGCAUUAAAAAUGUACCUUGGCUACGAGAACCCAUGGUGGGAGGGACUAGGUUAUACGACAGGGAGGUCUGUUUCAACGCUUCCUGUUAGUCAGAUGCUAUACAUGGGCCAAAAGAAACCUUCCUCUGGUACACUUAAAGACCAAAGAAGGAAAUCAAUGAUGUUAGUGUACUCAUCUUAUCCACAUGCUUCAUUCUGGGAUGACUCGUUGUUAGAUAGUGAUCUGUUAGGCACACCUCUAGCUACCAAUAUGCUUGCUAGUGAAUACAACAUAUCAGAGACGAUUCUCGCAGAGGCCCAUAACCAGAUUGCAGAGGUACACCAACUACGACCUGAAGACCUAGCAAGACCGUACACAGGUGUAAUGCAUUAUUGGAAACAAGGUGGACCCCGAGGGUCAGCAUUCUAUUCCUGGAAGGGUGGUGCUGACUGGGAAAUCAUUUCUAAACAAAUGAUCAAACCAUUUGAGGACGAGAACGUCCACAUCGUUGGGAGUUGCUAUAGUAAACAUCAGUAUUGGAUGGAGGGAGCACUGAACUCAGUGGAAGAACUAUUAACUAGGCAUUAUAACCAGAAAGUUGAUACCUGGAUUUAG